AUGCCUCCCAAGCGCAAGUCCAGAGGCGGCCUCGUCGGAGGCUCGACGCCAAAGACGCCGACGCCACUGCGCGACGAGGACGCCAUGGACAUUGACACUCCCGGCUCCGAGACCCCCCAGACAGCCAACACCCCCACCGCCGCCUCCGCGGCCAAGUCCGCCAACGCCGCCGCCGCCGCCGCCCAGAACGACGAGGACGUCCUCAACAACGAGUGGACCGACGACCAGGAGGCGUCGCUCUUCAAGGGCGUGAUCCGCUGGAAGCCCUCGGGCAUGCACAAGCACUUUCGCAUGAUUGCCAUCUCGGAGCACCUGCGCAACCACGGCGUGAACCCAGAGGUCGAGCUCCACACGCGCAUCCCGGGUAUCUGGAAGAAGCUGCGCAGGUUCUACGCGACCGACCUGAUUGACGACCGCGACAACAUGUUCGACCCGGAGGGCGAGGAGCUCGAGGACGUCUACAACGACUUUGAGCUGCCCGAGGACGACUACCACGACCUCAUCUACGCCCGCGCCCCGGCCGACCCUAGUGAGGCUCCCACAUCGCCGGCGCAGAUGGACCUGGACAAUCCCACCGCGGGACCGCCGUCAGUGAUCGGGAGGAAGCGGAAGAGAGGCGGUGCGGCGGCCGCGACAAGAGAAGGGUCCGUGACGGGUAGCACGUCCAAGGCUCAGCGGUCCAGCACUGUCGACGACACGGACCAAGAGACACCUGCUCCCAGUAGUCCUGUGACCAGGAGUGCUCGAGGCACGCGCAGCUCCAAGCGUGCGGCGGCGGCAAAAGCACAAGACGCUACCAAGGACAAGGAGAACGAGAAUGAGGACGAGGAAGAGGAACCCAAAGAUGACAGCGACGAGGAGGACGACGGACCAGAAAAGCGAACACGCAAGGCGGCUGCGGCACCAAAGACCACGAGAAGCACAACAGCAAGGGGCAGAGGCCGCGGACGAGGUCGGGGACGUGGCAGAGGACGGGGCCGAGGCAAAUGA